AUGCCCAAGUCGGAUCGCAUGAAGGGCCCCCGAAAUGGGCAGGCCUCAUUGUUUUCGGCUGGCCACUUCAAUUUCCUCACACUCCUGUUCACGACACCGGUCAGCUUCUUUCUGCUGUACGCGAGCGUGCAGUCCAUCCGCUUCCCGGGCGGCUUCUUCGACUUCAUCAGCAACAAUCGACCCAGCGUCCAGUUCGCCGUCCAGCUCAUCGCCAACUUCCUCUCCGCCGCCCAAGUCAUCGUGCUAUGCCGGCUGAUCAACUUCGCCAUCCGCCGCCGCUUUGCCAGCAGGGAGAUGGAUCUCAACACCAUGCUGAUGUGGUCUGAUGCCAUGGUCACCCACAUGGACUGGGACCUGCCCCCAAAGUUUCUAUUUCCCCUCCUGCUCUUCUUGGGUUCGACCAAGACUUUUAGGGGCAUUUGGGCGGCGUCGCUGACACCCGUCAUAACCUGGAAAGAGACAGCCGGCCAGGUGGCCAUUCCCAGCUGGGACGACGUGUCGCUCCUGAGGGAAUACGCAUCCGAGAUUGGGAACGGAGGCCCGAUGAUACAGAAUACACACGGUCGUUUCUCAUACGCGGUCGGUCUCGAUUUUCUCGGCAGUCUACUCGCCAGCGCCUCCUCGGCCACACCGAUAGAAGAGGGAUCGAAACAGCAACGCAAGAUAGACAACUCCCGUUACACCUACAUGGGGCGAUCGUAUGGCAUGGGAUCCACCGCUGGCUUGGUCGACGACGAGAUUGAAGGAAACCCCCACGCCAUGCUGUAUACGUACCAGGAGGAUGGGUACCGGGCCGACGUGGACUGCAUCUACAACGAGACGAGCGACUUCAGGCUGGAGAGCUCAAGGCAGCAGUGGGUUUACACCGCCCGUGGGAUGCUCCCCGACUCCGACGACACAGAAGAGUACUCCAGCUACCUGGGCCACGACGGCACCAGCAUUGUGGCAAUCGGCGUGGGUCAUUUCAAGAAUGCCUCGGAUCCGGAGCUGCCGCCAAGGAGGUAUUUGGCCUUCGCCACGGGUGAAAGCUAUGCGUUUCUCGACAAGGUGCAAUGCUCGGUCGACUUCCAUCCGACCAAGUUCAACGUCACUGUAAACAUCGAGGGCCGCAACAUCACCGUGAGCCCGGCCGAUAUCCUCGGGGUGGGAGAUAUUGACCCCACCCGCCGUCUCAAGGGCACUCUUCUUCGGCAGUUUGAGCUGAUUGCCAACGACGAAACAAACAUCUACGUGUCCAUGGUCGGGUCGGCAUUCAACGCAUCCAUCACGGACCUGAAGACGUCCAUUGCGGCCGGGAACAGCCCGAAAAAGUCCAAUGAAUCCGACGUCGUCCUCGAGGGCGUGCGGAAUUCAAUCACGGCCAUGACCGAUGACAUGCUGGGCGCUUACGCGGCCGCGCAGGUGAUGAUUGGCAACUUUUCACAGACCACCCCGACGACGAUCCGCGUUUCCGCCAUCGCGAUCGGGGAGUUCAAGUACGCCAUUUCUGUUUUCGUCCUGAAUGUCGUCGUGAUCGGGCUGUUCCUCGCAGAAGUGAUACGCACCUCGUGGUGGAGCGGCAUGCCCGAGUUCGACAUGACCGACCUCCGGUAUGUGGCUGUGGCGGCCUCGACUGGCGGCAUGGGCCUGGGGAACCUGGCGAGCGGGAAGAAGAUCGAAGAAGCUGGUCUUCUCAGGAUAAGAUAUCAGGAAACUGGUAAGGGGGGGUGCGCUAUUCUAGCGGGGGACUCCGGGGAGAGCUCUUCCGGGGAGAGUUCUGAGGGAGAGUCUACAGUAGAAGAGUACGAAGAGGAGAGAACGCCAAUUAUGGAACGUUGCGAGGGGAUUUCUGGCGUAGGCGAGCAACAAAAAUGCGCCCGUACUGUGGUUCAGACGUGGAUAUAA